AUGGUACUUACGCAGCCAAAGACUCCUCGCCAACCUCGCGAUCCAAACAAGUUUCCGACCGCACAGCUUGCCUUGCUUGCUCUUGUACGGGUCGCCGAGCCCGUUGCACUCACCUCCAUCUUCCCAUAUGCCUGGCAGCUCGUCCUCGACUUCCAUGUCGGCGAUCGCGCCAAUGCCUCGUUCUAUGCUGGACUUCUCAUCUCCGCCUUUGCUUUGGCGGAGAGCUUUACGGGAAUGUACUGGGGUGGACUUUCGGAUAAGCUAGGUCGUAAGCCGAUUCUUAUUAUGGGCUGUUUCGGCACUAUUGCCUCCCUUCUUAUCGUCGGAUUCUCUUCCAACUUCUGGAUGGCUCUUCUUGGCCGCUUUGUUGGUGGCGCGCUGAACGGGAAUAUAGGUGUGAUCCAGACGAUGGUUGCUGAACUAGUCGUGAACCCGAAGCAUGAGCCGAAAGCCUAUGCGGUCAUGCCAUUCAUCUGGUCAGUUGGUAUCAUUAUUGGACCAGCAGUCGGCGGCUACUUCUCGACACCAGCGAAGAACUUUCCUGGAACGAUGCUUGACAAUGCACUUUUGCGCUCAUUUCCGUAUCUGCUCCCCAACCUCAUCUGCACGGCACUGAUGGUGGUGUCAAUCAUCGCAGGUUGGCUGUGCUUGGAAGAGACCCAUCCGGACAUGCAAGGAUCGGUACAACCCUUUACAGCUGACGAAUCCACGCCGAUCAGACAUCGACCCUCGGUCGUCGCAAUACAAGGAGCCAUGACCAUGCCUGCUGUCAACCUCACGCAGCCUGAAAGCUACGGCACCUUCAACCAAGUCAGCGAAGAAGCCGUCGACGUCGAGUGGAACAUUAUGCCGAACGGUAGUAGUCGACCAGCCAGUGUCACUAGCGGAGGCAGCCAGAAGUGGGCCAGCAGGCGGAUAAUCGUGUUGAUGGCUGCUCUUGGUAUCUUCACAUAUCACUCGAUGACUUAUGAUCACUUGAUGCCCAUCUUCUUCCAGGACGCGCGAGUGCCCGUAGGCGAGGAGAUGAUGGCGAUAACCGCUUCAGCCAUCGGCACCAAGUAUGGCUCUUUCGCAGGCGGUCUUGGUCUGACCAUCCAGCAAUGCGGUGUCAUAUUGGCAUUCAACGGCAUCAUUGCACUUUUCGUCCAAGGGAUAGUCUUCCCGCUCAUGGCGAGUUGGCUCGGAAUAUGGAGGAGCUUCAUCGUCGUCACGCUACUACACCCGAUUGCCUACUUUCUAGUACCCUGGCUUGCAUUGCUUCCGGAGAAUCUGCUAUAUCCUGGUAUCUACGCCUGCCUGACAGUCCGCAAUGUGCUCUCAAUCGUCGCGUAUCCGCUUCUCCUGAUUCUGAUUAAAGAGGCCUCGCCAGAUAGAAGUCUAGGCAAGAUCAACGGUCUUGCUGCCUCUACAGGAGCCGCAUGCCGCACUAUGGCUGCACCUAUCGCGGGUCUACUUUACGGUGUGGGCGACAAGAUCGACUUUACGGCUCUGGCAUGGUGGGCUAGUGCUGCGGUGGCUGUUAUCGGAGCGAUACAGGCCCUCAGCAUCAAGCAAGACUCCAGUAGACUGCAUCACCAAGUCAGGCCGGUCGCGCCAUGCAGGUGGAUGCCGGAGGAGGCUGGGCAUGACGCGCGGAAGUCUUCGAUCGUGAGGAUCAGAGUGGGUGGUGAUAGUGGGUAUGAGACUGAAGAUGAGGUGGAUGAGAGGACGCCUUUUGCCACUAGGGUGCCUCGGACAUGA